AUGUUAACUUCAGAGCAAGACGAGCAAGGCUUGUCACAAUCUUAUGAGGCUAGUUCUGAGAGCAUAAGUUCAGCAUAUUGCAUCUUACCAAAGCAACCACAAGUUAAUGCAUCCAAAUUAGCAUAUAAUCUUGAAAACCAUGAAGAUUCUUCACGAUCGGAGUCAUGUGGCAUAGAGGAACUUAAAUCCAAUCAGCAUGGUGAAAUCAGAUCAAACUUCAGAAGAACAGGAUCCAUCUAUUAG